UUGUGGACAAGGAGAAGGGUCAUGUAGCGUGUUGGUGGCACAUGGACUGUGACACGGGUGACCUGUGUGCCCAUGUGUCCUACUGAUUACAAAAGCGUACCUCUGGACUGCCCACAUGCUACAAUGGAUGAAGAUGGUGGCCCUGCGGAGAGACAGUCUGAUGUGACAAUCAGCACACCGGUUGCUCCUCGUCCAUGUGGCUCUCCACCUUCUCCCUCUGAGCCUGCCACAGAGGAAAAGCGACCAACAAAUGGAUUUCCCGCCCAUGUGCCUGUCAUCAGCUUGGGACAUAGCCGGUUGGCACUGCGGCCAGAGCUCACUACUUUACGCCCCGUUCCCCCCUUAAUGCUGACACUUCCGGGGAUACGGACACCAAUUUUUUCUCCACAGUUCCACGCUCACCCCUAUCUAUCAAGUCCUUACAUUUGUGCCUCGAGUCUGAUCCCUCUCUUUACUGGGAGAUUUAAGAGGAGGAGCCAUACUGAAGUCAUGGAGCCGCCAUUCUUAGUAAGGCAACCACAGAAAGUCGCCCGCCGCGUCUUCACAAACAGCCGCGAGCGCUGGAGGCAGCAGAACGUCAAUGGGGCCUUUGCUGAGUUACGGAAGCUGAUUCCCACGCACCCUCCCGAUAAAAAGCUGAGCAAGAACGAGAUCCUCCGCCUGGCCAUGCGAUACAUCACCUUUCUGGUGACUCUGCUGAGCGACCAGCACAACCAGACCUCCAAAGCCACCCCCGCCAAGAUGAGGUUCCCACAGACUAUCUGUGAUCUGGUGCAGAAAGGUCAAGAGAGUCUCAGCCCUGAGGAGAACCUCCAAGAAAAGCAGAAAGCUGCCAAGGAGUUCCAUGGAAUCGUGUCCCCGUUGUCUGGCAGCUGCGGGGACAGUGCAGAGACUGAAGAGGAAGAAGGGGACAGAGAAAGUGUUUCGUCUUCAAGAAGCGCGGACAUGACAAUAAUCACUCCCGAAGUAGGAGGAAGUCGGUGAGGGUUGGGGAAUGAAGGAGAUCGAGACCAGAGAAACCUUUAUCUCCUUCAUAACUUUUUUUGAUGGACAUGUUUCUCAGUGGGUUGAAAAUGUACAUU